AUGGCACCGGAGCCUAACCCCGAUCACCGCGAGCACAAAAAGAAGGUCAAUUUGACCGAUGCAUCUGGCGCCGAGCGCAAGGAUGAGGAUGACACGGCCACUGCCAUCCUCAAGAAGAAGAAGAAGCCUAACCAGUUGAUGGUCACUGAUGCCGUCAAUGAUGACAACUCGAUCAUCGCCCUCUCCAACAACACAAUGGAAGCGCUCCAGCUGUUCCGUGGCGACACGGUGCUGGUUCGCGGCAAGAAGAGGAAGGAUACCGUUUUGAUCGUCCUUGCCGACGAUGACUUGGAUGAUGGCAGCGCUCGUAUCAACCGAGUUGUUCGCCACAACUUGCGGGUGAAGCACGGCGACAUCAUCACCAUUCACCCUUGCCCUGAUAUCAAAUAUGCCAAACGGAUUGCCGUUCUGCCGAUCGCCGAUACAGUUGAGGGCUUGACCGGCUCUCUCUUCGACGUUUUCCUCGCGCCGUACUUCCGGGAAGCGUACCGACCCGUUAGACAAGGUGACCUUUUCAUAGUGCGUGGCGGUAUGAGGCAAGUCGAGUUCAAGGUCGUCGAGGUCGACCCGCCCGAGUAUGGCAUCGUUGCUCAGGACACGGUCAUUCACUGCGAAGGCGAGCCCAUUCAACGUGAUGAAGAGGAGAACAAUCUCAAGGAAGUCGGCUAUGACGACAUUGGCGGUUGCCGUAAGCAGAUGGCUCAGAUCCGGGAAAUGGUUGAGCUACCUCUGCGGCAUCCUCAGCUCUUCAAGUCGAUCGGUAUUAAGCCUCCUCGCGGCGUUCUUCUCUACGGGCCUCCAGGUACUGGUAAGACGUUGAUGGCUCGUGCCGUUGGCAACGAGACGGGUGCCUUCUUCUUCCUCAUCAACGGGCCCGAAAUCAUGUCCAAAAUGGCUGGCGAAUCCGAGUCCAACCUGAGGAAAGCGUUUGAGGAAGCCGAGAAGAACUCACCUGCCAUCAUUUUCAUUGAUGAGAUCGACUCAAUCGCCCCCAAGCGUGACAAGACAAACGGCGAGGUCGAGCGCCGCGUGGUGUCUCAGCUCCUGACUCUGAUGGACGGUAUGAAAUCACAGUCCAACGUCAUUGUCAUGGGUGCAACCAACCGUCCAAAUUCCAUCGAUCCUGCUCUGCGUCGUUUCGGCCGCUUCGACCGUGAGGUCGAUAUCGGCAUUCCCGACCCUACUGGCCGGCUUGAGAUUCUGCAGAUUCACACCAAGAACAUGAAGCUGGCGGAUGACGUUGAUCUGGAACAGAUCGCUGCCGAGACACACGGCUACGUCGGCUCCGAUAUUGCUGCCCUUUGCUCCGAGGCUGCCAUGCAGCAGAUUCGCGAGAAGAUGGACCUCAUCGACCUCGACGAGGAUACCAUUGACGCUGAGGUGCUCGACUCGCUCGGUGUGACGAUGGAGAACUUCCGCUUUGCCCUCGGCGUCUCCAACCCGUCGGCCCUCCGCGAGGUUGCCGUCGUCGAGGUGCCCAACGUCCGCUGGGAAGACAUUGGUGGUUUGGAGACGGUCAAGCAAGAGCUCAGGGAGAGCGUCCAAUACCCUGUCGACCACCCUGAGAAGUUCCUCAAGUUCGGUCUCUCGCCAUCCCGUGGCGUCCUGUUCUAUGGCCCGCCCGGUACUGGUAAAACGAUGUUGGCCAAGGCCGUUGCCAAUGAGUGUGCUGCCAACUUCAUAUCGGUGAAGGGCCCUGAGCUGCUUUCCAUGUGGUUCGGUGAGUCGGAAAGCAACAUCCGCGACAUCUUCGACAAGGCUCGUGCCGCUGCCCCCUGCAUCGUCUUCCUCGACGAGCUGGAUUCCAUCGCCAAGGCUCGUGGUGGGUCUGUGGGUGAUGCGGGCGGUGCGUCGGACCGUGUGGUCAACCAGCUCCUGACUGAAAUGGAUGGUAUGACUUCGAAGAAAAACGUCUUUGUCAUUGGCGCUACCAACCGACCUGAGCAACUUGACCCUGCGCUCUGCCGUCCUGGCCGUCUGGACUCCCUCAUUUACGUACCUCUGCCAGAUGAGGAAGGCCGUCUGAGCAUUCUCAAGGCUCAGCUGCGGAAGACGCCAGUCGCUUCCGAUGUAGACCUUAGAUACAUCGCCUCCAAGACGCACGGCUUCUCCGGUGCCGAUCUUGGCUUCAUCACUCAGCGAGCCGUCAAGCUGGCCAUCAAGGAGGCUAUUGCGGCAGACAUCCAACGGACCAAGGAGCGCGAGGCCGCUGGCGAGGAUGUCGACAUGGAAGACGACGAGGACCCCGUUCCCGAGCUUACCAAGCGCCACUUUGAGGAGGCCAUGCAGAUGGCUCGACGCUCGGUUAGCGAUGUCGAGAUCCGCCGCUACGAGGCCUUUGCCCAGCAGAUGAAGAAUGCUGGUCCUGGCGCCUACUUCAAGUUCCCUGAGGGCGGGGUGGAGAGCAGCGGCAACGCUGGAGGCGCCGGCAACUCAUUUGGCGACGCCGGUAACGACGAUGGCCUUUACGAUUAG